ACCGGCCCGCAGUCCCCACCACGCACCAGCCCUGAAGGCCCGAACCACCUCCGGCCCCGGAGCCCGGCGGACGGCGGACAUCGCCGACGUGCUCUGCUCCCACCGGUUGCUCCCUCUCCAACCCUCCCCUCCCAUCCCCCAUUAGCGUGCGCCAUCCUCCUCCCGCACGACCAGGGAGGCCGCCGCCUCUAACCUCCUCCCGCAGGCCGCAGGGUUGGGGUCCGCCCCUUGCUUCUCCCCCGAGUCAACUCUCCCUCGCCUAGAGUAUGAAACAGUUUCUCCAGCCUGAGGUAUGGAUAAUGACUUGGAUUUGUGACUGUUGAUGAUAAUGUGUAUGUAUACCCUCAUACUGUUCACAACAUUUCUGCGUUGAGCCAUGAACUGUCAAGAGCUGCUAGUCUAUUUUUGUUGUAAACCUACCUUCUGUUCUAUCGAACCUGAAACCAACAUCUCAUGUAUCGACGGUAGACGGCGAAGCUUAAGUUACUGUUACCACUUACAUUCUUCUACUCCCUCUGUCCCAUAAUAUAAGAGCGUUUUUUAUACUAGUGUAGCGUCAAAAACGCUCUUACAUUAUGGGACAUUAGGAGUAUAUUUUUACUGUUCUUUGCAAUUCAUUGCAUGUUUUCUGCAUUUUCCAAAAUGCGCUGUAGAUGGACAAGGAGAGGUCCAGGAGAAGAAGGCUGAUGCUUAUAAAGGCCGCCGCGUCCGUGGCUUCAUGUAUGGUCAUUUUGUAUGUCCGACCGAGACUGCAGAGAAAGCGAAAGAGUAUUUCCUAUGGCCCAAUCGAGGCAAGGGACAAAAAAAGGAUUGCCUUUCUAAAUAACCAGAUUUACAAGGAUGAUAUAACUUGUCUGACAACGCUGAGGCUUAUGAGGGCUUCUUUCUUCGGGUUGUGCCAAGUUUUGAGGGAACGCUCUUUGCUCCGUGAUACUGUUCAUAUAUGUGUUGAGGAGCAAGUCGCCAUGUUCUUGAUCACAGUAGGACACAACCUUCGGAAUAGGGUUGUAGCUGCUAUUUUUAAUAGGUCAGGUGAACCGGUUAGUCGCUAUUUUGGACUAGUCCUCCAUGCUAUAGUUCAGCUAAGGGAUGAGUUUAUCAGGCCACCAUCAUUGGAGACCCCAACCAGAAUUGCUGGUGACCCAAGAUGGGACCCAUACUUCAAGGAUUGUAUUGGAGCCAUUGAUGCUACACAGAUACAGGCUUCUUCUUGUAAGAACGUGGAGACUGCCUUCCGUGCUAAGAAGUCAUUUGCAAGCCAAAGUGUGAUGGCAGCAAUUGAUUUUGACCUUCGUUUCACACAUGUGCUGGCUCGUUGGGAGGGAUCUGCGCAUGAUGAUGAUGUUUUGGUGGAUGCGAUAGAGUGUGAGAAUGGCCUAUGUGUUCCUCAAGGUAAGUUCUACCUAGUGGAUGCCGGAUAUGGAGCCAAACCUGGAUUUUUGCCACCUUUCCACGGCAUGAGACAUCACUUGACCGAGUGGGGGAAUGAUCACGUGCAAGAUGCAAGGGAAUUGUUCAAUCUUAGGCACUCAUCUCUACGAGUACCCGUGGAACGUGCAUUCUCAUCACUCAAGCGAAGAUUUAAAGUUCUUGAUGAUGCAAAUCCAUUCUUUCCCUCUGCUACUCAAGUGGAUGUUGUGAUAGCUUGUGUUAUCCUCCACAACUGGAUUCUUUCCCAAGGCACUGAUUGUUUCAUUAUACCGGAGAUUAAUUGGAAACCUAAACCGCCUAGUUCUCAGAGAGAGCAAACCCAUGACCAUAGGCACAUGGUUGAGUUCAGACAAGCCCUUGCUGACAAAAUGUGGGAAGACCAUCAAAACUAUCACAGCAAUGAUGCUGACUUCUUGAACACACCAAGUUACAAUCACGAGAUGGCCACAAUCUUCAGUGAUGGUAUGGCUUCUGAUGUAUAUGCUAAGAGUGUGGAUGAACUUCUUGCUGCAGAUGCGACAGAGAAUGAAAUUGCCAAUGGAGGAAAUGACACUUUUGCUGCUAGUGUUGAAGAGUUUACACUGCCUUUUCCAAUCCCCGAAUGGGGGAAGAAUGGUGAUUCCUCUAGCAGUAAAGCAUCGAAAAGGGCCAAGGUAAACAAUGACGAUGAGUUGAUGCAUUUGAUGACCAGCCUUGAUAACCUUGCCAAAGCUAUAGAGAAAUCUGAAUGCGUAGAUACAGAUGUCCCUGAAGAUCUUCAGGGUAACUUGAUGGAUCUCCCUGGAUUUGAAGAGGCACAUCUUACCCAUUACUAUGCUCAUCUAGUUGAGAAUCCUGCAGUUGCUAGAGCAUUCAACAAACUUAGCAUGUCCAACAAAAUGACAUGGGUAGCUAGAUAUAUCAACAACCACCUUUCUGAGUAUAACCUACUUUAUAUUUGAACUAUGUGGUAACACUGCUUUAUGUUCCCAAUAGAGACAACCAGUAUUGUGGUAUGGCCGUGCUGUGUCCAUGCGUGUUCUGUAACACGCUAUGCUAUCUCUAUGUUUGUUGUGCUACAAGCCUACAAAGGGACUAGGGCUGAGGCAGACCUUGUAAAUAUUUCAUUCGCAUGCUAGUCAGACUCCCGGUAGGACCUGGUGCUCGUUGCAAAUUAUUUUGUGAACAAUCUUGUUGCAAAUUAUCCUUGAUGCAUCCUAUUGGUUUA